CUCUCGUCGCAACUAACAGCGCCCUCUGCAAGAUCCGCUUCUAUAAACCCAUUCACUUCGCGUUCGUGCUUGGCCAUUUCUUUUCCGGUUUAUCAAAAUGGGUAUUGACAUUAAUCAUAAACACGACAGAAAGGUUCGGCGAACAGAACCUAAAUCGCAAGAUGUCUACUUGCGACUUCUCGUCAAGCUAUACCGUUUCCUGGCCAGACGUACAAACUCCAAAUUCAACAAGAUCAUUCUUAAAAGACUUUUUAUGAGCAAGAUUCAUCGCCCGCCUAUUUCUCUUGCACGCGUUGUCAGGUUCAUGAAGAAACCUGGACGUGAAGGUUGCAUUGCAGUAAUCGUUGGCACAGUAACUGACGAUGCUAGGAUUUUUGAAAUUCCUAAACUUACAGUCUGUGCUCUACGUGUUACUGAGAAAGCUAGAGGCCGUAUCUUGAAGGCUGGAGGUGAACUGAUCACUUUUGAUCAGUUGGCACUGCGUGCACCUACUGGAAAGAGGACAGUCUUGAUGCAAGGACCUCGCAAGGCACGCGAAGCAGUGAAACACUUUGGACCAGCUCCUGGUGUGCCACACUCGCACACUAAACCCCUAGUACGGUCUAAAGGAAGGAAAUUCGAGAGAGCAAGGGGCCGUAGGCGUAGCUGUGGUUAUAAGAAAUAAAUAUUGGUUAUUUGCCGUCAUUUAUUGUACCUUACCCUUGAGUUAACUUGCAAAAGUUAGGCAAUCUGUCUAUUUCUACUUUCUUUUAUAUUGCAAGCCAAGGUGGCCGGAAAAUAAAUGUAGGCUUCUUCACAACAA